GUUUAGCUACAUGCGCCACAGUUUCAUGGCACCUGCGCUGAACGUCUUAUAGCCUGAACCCCACCCUCGAUCUUUCGCAAUACCACACCACCACGAUUAUCAUUAUGUCCUACUUCGAAGAAGUUCCGUCAGUCUUCUUUCGUGUUCAAGACAAAUACUCUCAAGCACAACAUCGCGAGCAUAGUGGUAUACUUUCCAGAAACCAGUCGAAUGCCAGCUUCGACCCUCAUUCUGGCGAGACGAGACAGGCACUCCAGGACCACCUCGAUUGGGCAAGCAGGGAGCCUUCCGCAUUCAUUUCUGUAUACUCGGACUGGACAACGGCAGACAGAGACGCGAGGCGCCGAGUUGAUAACGGGUACCAAGAUGUGGUUAUUUGGAAGAUUGACACUCGAGAAGGGCACGAGAUGGCUCAGUACCGAAACAUCAGACGUCUGGCUUUCACAUGCAGAAUAUGGGUGCCUCAAAAAGCUUGGCACAACAGCGAACAUGAAUGGCUGUUCCUACAUCGAGUCCCUGAUUCUAUGGUAGUCGGGUUUUACACUCCUCGUUAGCACUACCAAAUCGGUCCCUUGACACAGCUAGCUCUGCAGUGGCUUUCAUGGGUCCUACGCAUAGCUUAGCAGGACGGCUAUUUGACAAAGUCUAUGUGAAGCUGCAAUGACAUAACAAGUUAUAGAUAUAUGAAUCAAAUUACGAUUGAAG